AUGUCCCAUGCGAAAUCGAAGUCGCUACUUAUUCGUGCGGAAGGUUUAGGAAAAAAGCGACAAAUCAUUUAUCAUGAAGAUGGACGACGAUUUGUUGACGACAAAAUUGAAAAUGAACAAAGUGUUUCCAAUUUAUGGUCAACAACUCUAACACGUUCAGUGGCACAAGAUUUGAAGGAUCGAUCUAAAGAAGAUUUUACUUCACGAAAUCACGAACGUACACGAUACGUUAUUAUACGUGUCAUCAUAUCUAGCCGCAUGUUGACUAGAACCUUUAUACGAUCAUUACGAUUUGUAUCGUUGGCUGACGGUAGGAUACAGACGACCAGGGGUGUACAAGCUGGGACGAAACAAAGAUUCGGUGCAUAUAAGAGAGCAGGGCGAGUUCUGGUAGAAUCUACAGCUAUGGGUACAACAGGUUUUGCAUUAAUACCUUUUUUGGGUAAGAAGUCAGAAAAAAACAAUGUCUCUGAGGAAGCAUCAAAAUUGGAGCGUUUCAAACGAGAAGCGGAUACGUUAUACAGUGUUUAUUUGAUCGAGAAUGCAUACAAUGUCUUAAGGAGAUUCUCAUCAAGCAAUGAUCCACAAAUGCUUUGGAGACUGGCUCGCGUAUUGUGUGAAAAAGCUAAAAUGUCUAAGGAUAAAGAUGAUAGAAAACGGUUCAUGUAUGAUGCUUUGAAAAUGGCUGAAAAAGCACUCGCUAAUGAAGGUGAAGAAUCAUGUUGGGAGGCUCAUAAAUGGUAUGCUAUUGUGUUAAGUUAUGUAUCAGAGUAUGAAGGCACCAGAGAACAGAUUCGGCAGUCUUUGGAAAUUCGCAAGCAUCUUGAAAAAGCACUUGAUGUAAAUUCUACUGAUGCAACUACUUGGCAUGCACUCGGCGUAUGGUACUUUACAUAUGCCGAUCUAUCAUCAUGGAAAGCUGCAAUAGUUAAGGCGUUGUUCGGAUCAGUUCCAUUAGCGACAUACGAUGAUGCAUUGAGAUGUUUUCAGAAAGCUGAGUUUAUCAAGCCGAAUUUUGAUUCUUCGAAUUUGUGGUACUUAGCAGAAGUAAAAACCAGACUUGGUCAAAAAGAAGAAGCAUUUGAACUUUAUAAAUCUGCAUUCAAAAUGCCAGUUAUUACCAUGGAUGACGGUGAUACUCAUGAUAAGGCUUACGAAAAACUACGAAAGCUUGGCGUAAAGGAUUUCACGAAACUUUGA